CGAUUAUCUUCAAUUACUCUAGUAUAAUCACCCGUAAUAAAAGAUUAUUCAUCACAUGCCAAACCCCGCCAUGGAUACCUGGGAGCAUUGUUAGAAGCGAAAGCUCCUUUCGUAACCUAGAAAAUCAUGCUGCUGUGCGGCGCGGUUUUUAAUCCAUAAUCGAAUAUAAAAGGAACUGAUGCCUCUGCAGUGAUGUUUACUGGAGUUCAAUAAAAACAACAAGCACCUAUAUAACUACGCUAAAGACAGCAUCCUCUACAGCUAUACAGUCAAUACCAAGCACUCCCAUAAGAACUUUUCUUAUUUAAGAUGGCUAUUUCGUACGAAGUUGCGCAAAAAGUAAUCAACAAAAAGCACCUAUACUGCCGACUUGUCGAUACCGACCAAUUCCAAAAGCUCCAGGAGGAGGUUACCCUACCCGACGCAACGUUUACCUUUUACUCAGAUGGCAAAAUUAUGAAUGAGGGAGGAGUCGAGUUCAGCUGGUCGUCGGCUGCAGACUGGGCGAAGUACUUCGAGAACAGACUCAAGAACUCACAAGUAAUCCACCAUAUCGCGCCGCCGCAUCUGGAGCAGAUCAGCCCCGACGAGGUCAAAGCAGUAUUUGGCGUUCAAUUUUCCUCCGGUCCAAAGGGUUCACCCACUGAAGGACACUACAGCGGUGGAGGCUAUUACCACGAACUCUAUGUGCGGAAAGGUGACGACUGGUUUCUCAAGGAAUUGAAGAUGCACAGCACGUAUUUCAGAGUAGGAUAAUUUUAGAUAUACAAUAUGAAAAUACUCUACUGAGCGAUAAGCUCUGUCAAAAAGCAGUCC